AGGGAGGGUGUGCGCUGCUCGUGUCAGAUUCGGAGUCCCGGCGGCUCACCUUCGCGCCAAGGAUCCCGAGCCCAGCUUCCUGCUGAAGCUUUUUCCCUCCUCGGCGGGCCGACUGCCUCUGCGAACUGGGCGCCCCCACCCUGUUCUGCAGCGCCCUGCAUCUCCCCCAGCCCGGGGCCCCUUCCUGCAUUUCCUCUGUGGUGUGCUGAUCCAGGGGACUUUCUGUUUCCUCCUUUUCCCUCUUUGUUGCUCUAAAACCAUUCAAGCCCAAACCCCCGACUCCGGAGAGAGUUCGACUUCUCCAGAAAGGGGGCUGCCGCGGACGACACCGGUACCUCCUGCGGACCCGAAAGCCGGUGCGCCCACCCCGCCUGCCCUAUCCGCCGCCUGCCUUCGUUCGCCGGAGGAAGCCCGCCGAGAGUUCAUUGAUGCACCCAUUCCAGUGGUGUAACGGUGAUAUAGAUUGGGCUUGGAGCUGACUCCACCCAUGCUACCUUAAAGGAGGGCCUUUCCUUGCAGGGUGUUUCUGUGGCCUGGGACUGGUUAGUACCAACAAGUCCUGCUCCAUGCCACCCAUCAGUUUCCAGGACCUGCCUCUCAACAUCUACAUGGUCAUCUUCGGCACAGGCAUCUUCGUCUUCAUGCUCAGCCUCAUCUUCUGCUGCUAUUUUAUCAGCAAACUCCGGAACCAGGCCCAGAGUGAGCGAUAUGGCUAUAAGGAGGUGGUGCUUAAAGGAGAUGCGAAGAAGUUGCAGUUAUAUGGGCAGACCUGUGCAGUCUGUCUGGAAGACUUCAAGGGCAAGGAUGAGCUCGGUGUGCUCCCGUGCCAACAUGCCUUUCACCGGAAGUGUCUGGUGAAGUGGCUGGAAGUACGCUGUGUCUGCCCGAUGUGUAACAAGCCCAUCGCCGGGCCCUCCGAGGCCACUCAGAGCAUCGGGAUCCUGUUGGAUGAGCUGGUGUGAGUGUUGGCCUCUGCACCAAGACCUGGAGAAGACCCAUUGCCUCCCGGGUGCCUGGUCCCUCUGCACAGCUGCCGUGAACAAGACUGCUGGGUGGGGACUGACCUGCUUCUCUGAAGGGGCGCUAAUGCAGGGCUGGUCCCCCACCGUCAGGGUGAGACCAGAGUUGCCCCACCUUUCUGCCUCCUGAAGCCGCCUUCCCUGCUACUCGGAACUAAUGGCAUCACCCAUAAAGAACACUGUAUCCU